AUGACAGAGCUUGAUGAAAAGGGAAAGGAGCGGCAGGCGACCAGAGGGGAGGUCGCCCACCUCAAGGAGCAGGUGCGCGCCGUGAGAGACAAGCACGCGGACCACGUCGCUCAGCUCAAGGAGGCGUUGAGCGUCGCAAAUGCUCACCACGCGGCCGAGGUCCGCCGACUCGCGGAUGAGCAUCACAAGGCAUGCACCGCGCAUGGCGAGGAGGUGAAGGCAGAGCGCGCGUCCGUAGUCGCUAAGCUCCAGGAGGAGCACGCAGCUGCAGUCGCACAGCUCACAGAGCACCUCAAGAAGGAGCGCGCGGCCGAGGUGGCUAAGCUUCAGGACGAGCACGCUGCUGCUGUCGCUCGGCUCAAGGAGGAGCACGCAGCCGACGUCGCCCGCGUGAAGGACGCAGCGGACAAGGAGGUGCAGGAUGCCAAGAAGAACAUCGUGCUCCGCCUCUUCCCGAAACUGGGUCUCACUGCUGAACGACCAAAGCUCAAGCUCAAGGGAGAUCUCGCUGCUGCCGGAACGCCCAAAGUUCAAGGGAGAUCCUGA